CCCCCCCCCCCCCCCCCCCCCCCCCCCCCCCCCCGCCUCCACAGGGGACACCCUUGCUUCUCCUCAUACUCUCUCACACACAGAACCAUGAGCAAACAUACCUGACAUACCCCCAGCUCCAGCCCGGCAACCCUGACACCGUCUGAAGCCUCCUUCGUGGGUGGGAAGAGCUCAGCCAACCUCUCUCUGAUGGAGCCUCGGUGAAGCCAGAUGCUUACAGGGAGAAGGGUCUAGCCUGGCAUGACCCUUAUCAGCCUCCCUACUUGGCUGGGUGAUGUCCCCAGGUCCAGGUUCUGGGGUCCCUUGCGGAAACCAUGGAGCAACUGACAACCCUUCCACAGCUUGGAGACCCUGGAGCCAUGGAGCCAUGGACACUGCCUGCCUGGCAGUGCUGGACUCAGGGCCAGGGGUGCGAACCUGGAGAUGCAACUCCAAGCAUUGCUGGUACGACAGUGCUGCAGGUUAGAGGACUGAGGUCUGAAGAGAAUUCUGAGCCUGAGGGAGCCCAUAGCCCUGGGCCUAUUGGGAAUACUGACCCUGAAGGAACAGAGACUGGGCUGCCCAAGCUAGGGCAGCAAACGGAGAGCCCUGGGUACAGCGGCCCUGGGCUAGAGGAUGAGGAGGCACAGGCUUACAAGGCCAAGCUGAAUGUGGGCUUCGGGGUCAGGUCCAAUCUGGAGCUGCUGAGGGCCCUAGGCGAGCUGCAGCAGCGCUGUACCAUCCUCAAGGAGGAAAAUCAGAUGCUGAGAAAAAGCAGCUUCCCAGAGACGGAGGAGAAGGUACGGAGGCUAAAGCGGAAGAACGCAGAGCUGGCGGUCAUUGCCAAGCGCCUGGAGGAGAGGGCCCAGAAGCUGCAGGAAACGAACAUGAGGGUGGUGAGUGCCCCUGUACCCCGACCUGGAUCCAGUUUGGCCCUAGCCCGCCAGCGAGCCCGGGACCUCAGUGAGACAGCCAGUGCACUACUGGCCAAGGACAAACAGAUUGCAGCCUUGCAGCGGGAGUGCAGGGAGCUGCAAGCCAGACUCACUCUGGUGGGCAAGGAAGGUCCCCAGUGGCUGCAUGUGCGGGACUUCGACCGAUUGCUGCGCGAGUCCCAGCGGGAGGUGCUGCGGCUGCAGAGGCAGAUCGCCCUGCGCAAUCAGCGGGAGCCGCUUCGGCCAGCCCGGCCCCAGGGUCCCACUGCCCUCUCCAGAGUAGGGGCGCCGGCCCCCGGGGCCCCGGGAGAGGCCAUACUCCAGGAAGAUGUGGACAGCCCACAGGUGGUCCUAGGGGAACCAGAGAAGCAGCAAAGGGUGCGGCAGCUGGAGUCUGAGCUCUGCAAGAAGCGAAAGAAAUGCGAGAGCCUGGAGCAGGAAGCCCGGAAGAGGCAGAGGCGAUGUGAGGAACUGGAACUACAACUGAGAGCAGCCCAGAAUGAGAAUGCUCGCCUGGUGGAAGAGAACUCUCGGCUCAGUGGGAGAGCCACAGAGAAGGAGCAGGUGGAGUGGGAGAAUGCGGAGCUGAAGGGACAGCUCCUGGGAGUGAAGCAAGAGCGGGACUCAGCCCUUCGCAAAAGCCAGGGCCUGCAGAGCAAGCUGGAGAGCCUGGAGCAGGUGCUGAAGCACAUGCGGGAGGUGGCCCAGCGGCGGCAACAGCUGGAGGUGGAGCAUGAGCAGGCUCGGCUCAGCCUGCAGGAGAAACAGGAGGAGGUCCGGAGGCUGCAGCAGGCACAGGCAGAAGCCAAGCGGGAACAUGAAGGAGCUGUGCAGUUGCUGGAGUCUACACUGGAUUCCAUGCAGGCCCGGGUUCGAGAGCUUGAGGGGCAGUGUCGCAGCCAAACUGAGCGCUUCAGCCUUUUGGCACAGGAGCUCCAGGCCUUCCGUCUGCACCCAGGCCCCCUGGAUCUGCUUACUUCUGCCCUGGGCUGUAGUGCCCUUGGGGACCAUCCACCACCCCACUGCUGCUGCUCUACCCCUCAGCCCUGCCAGGGGUCCGGCCCCAAAGACCUUGACCUCCCGCCGGGUUCCCCAGGACGCUGUACCCCCAAAUCUUCUGAGCCUGCUCUUGCUACCCUUGCUGGGGUCCCUCGAAGGACGGCUAAGAAGGUGGAGUCUCUUUCCAAUUCUUCCCGCUCAGAGUCCGUCCACAACAGCCCCAAGUCGUGUCCCACGCCAGAGGUGGACACAGCCAGUGAGGUGGAGGAGUUGGAGGUAGACAGUGUCUCCCUGCUGCCUGCUUCGGAGGGCAACUCGGGAGGAGCCAGGAUCCAGGUCUUUCUAGCACGUUAUAGCUACAACCCCCUUGAGGGUCCCAAUGAGAACCCAGAGGCCGAGCUUCCCCUCACAGCGGGCGAGUAUAUCUACGUCUAUGGCGACAUGGAUGAGGAUGGUUUCUUUGAAGGGGAGCUCAUGGAUGGCCGAAGGGGCCUGGUCCCCUCCAAUUUUGUAGAGCGUGUGUCUGAUGACGACCUCCUGACCUCCCUCCCUCGGGAGCUGGCUGAUAUGUCGCACAGCUCGGGCCCUGAACUCAGUUUCCUGAGUGGAGGUGGGGGUGGCUGCAGUAGUGGGGGCCAGAGCAGCGGGGGACGUAGCCAGCCCAGACCAGAGGAGGAGGCCGCAGGAGAUGAGCUCAGUCUGAGCCCCCCACCAGAGGGACUGGGCGAGCACCUGGCUGUGCCUUACCCCCGCCGUCUCGUGCUCCUCAAGCAGUUAGCCCACAGUGUGGUGCUGGCCUGGGAGUUGCCUCCUGAGAGAAUAGAUCUACGUGGCUUCCAUGUCUUUGUCAACGGGGAACUUCAUCAGGCCUUGGGGCCCGGGGCGCCCCCCAAGGCUGUGCUUGAAAAUAUGGACCUGCGAACUGGGCCCCACCAUGUGUCUGUCCAGGCCCUAACCAGCAGGGGCAACUCAGAUCCUCUGCGCUGUUGCCUGGCUGUGGGUGCCGGGGCUGGGGUGGUACCCAGCCAGCUACGGGUCCAUCGGCUGACAGCUACAUCUGCUGAGAUCACCUGGGUACCGGGGAACAGCAACUUGGCCCAUGCCAUCUACCUCAAUGGAGAAGAGUGUACACCUGCUCGCCCCAGUACCUACUGGGCAACCUUUUGUCACCUGCGGCCUGGCACGCUCUAUCAAGCCCGAGUAGAGGCUCAGAUCCCAUCUCAGGGGCCUUGGGAACCAGGCUGGGAGAGACCGGAGCAGCGAGCAGCCACUUUGCAGUUCACCACACUUCCAGCAGGUCUACCAGAUGCCCCGUUGGAUGUGCAGGUUGAACCAGGACCCUCUCCUGGAAUCUUGAUGAUCAGCUGGCUCCCUGUCACCAUUGAUGCUGCUGGUACCUCCAAUGGUGUCCGGGUCACAGGCUACACCAUCUAUGCUGAUGGGCAGAAGAUUAUGGAGGUGGCUUCCCCCACAGCAGGCAGUGUGCUGGUGGAGGUGUCCCAGCUGCAGCUGCUGCAGGCCUGCCAUGAGGUGACUGUGCGCACUAUGUCACCCCAUGGCGAGUCCACUGACUCCAUCCCAGCCCCUGUUGCCCCAGCCUUGGCUCCUGUCUGCCAGCCAGCCAGGAUGUCCUCCUGCCUCUCACCACGACCAAGCCCAGAGGCCAGAACAGCCCUUGCUUCAGUCUCCCCAGGGCUUGGGGAUCCCAACUUUCCCCUCCGGCAUCCUGCCCCUCAUGGAACUCAAGAUUCCCUUGCAAGCCUUCCCAUGGAGACGUCCAAAGGAUCCCAGGAGGAACCUGCAGUCUCUUGUGGUCAGGAAGAGUCUGGGGCAACUGUGCCAGGCACGUCAGAGGAGAAGAGGGCUAUCGAGCCAACCCUGGGCCAGGAAGGGUCUUGCCCUGUGGCUCCCUCCCUGGCUAAGCAACAAGUAGAGUGGACUUCAGGAGAGACUGGUCCCACGCCUUGCUCCACCCAAGGAGAGCCGACCCAGAAGGUGCCGAGUACUGAGGCCUGCCAUGGAGGAGAUCUGGGCUCAGGGCUGAAACACAGAACUGAGAAAGAAGAUACGUCAGAGCUUGGAGUUCGCCUGGUGAAUUCCCUUGUAGAUCACAGCCGCAACUCAGACUUAUCGGACAUCCAGGAGGAAGAGGAGGAAGAAGAGGAACAGGAACUGAGUUCCAGGCCUUGUUCCCCCCAGAAGCAGGUUGCUGGCAACAGCGUCAGGGAGAAUGGAGCCAAGCCCCAGCCCGACCCCCUUUGUGAGACUGACAGCGACGAGGAGAUCUUGGAGCAGAUCUUGGAGCUGCCCCUCCAGCAGCUCCGCCGCAAGAAGCUGUUCAGCAUCCCCGAGGAGGAAGAAGAAGAGGAGGAGGAGGAAGGGCAGGAGAAGCCAGACCCUAUCCAGCCUGAACUUGCAUUGCUAGGGCCGGGCUGUGACAGCAGUCAGCCCCAGGGACCUGGCCUGUGUCCCUUGUCUUCUGAGCCCUCUGGGGCCAGGGAGUACCUGGAGGAUGUGCUGGGAGUAGCUGGUGGAAACAGCCGGAGGAGAGGUGGUGGCUCCCCUGAGAAGCCCCCAAACCGCAAGCGACCUCAGGAUCCCCGAGAACAUUGCAGCCGACUUCUUGGCAAUGGCGGGCCCCAGACCACUGCACGGCCAGGGCCCCCACGGGAGAGGGGCAGCCUCCCUGUGAUUGAGGGCAUCAGGGUUGGACAGGAGGCUGGUGGGAGAGGGCGGCCGGGUCUAUCCCGGAGGUGUCCCCGUGGCCCUGCUCCAGAAUCCAGCUUGGUCAGCUGCCUCUCUCCAAAGUGUUUGGAGAUCAGCAUUGAGUAUGAUUCUGAGGAUGAGCAGGAGGCGGGCAGCGGGGGUAUCAGCAUCACCAGCUCCUGCUACCCCACAGAUGGGGAGCCCUGGGGCACAGCAGCCAUAGGAAGGUCAAGGGGACCUCUGAAGGUCAAUUCAGGGUCCAGCCCCUACGUGCGCCUCCCAGCCUGGGAGAAAGGGGAACCAGAGCGGAGAGGCCGCUGUGCGACUGGCAGAACCAAGGAGCCGCCCUCCCGGGCAACAGAAACUGGGGAGUCCAGAGGGCAGGACAACUCUGGGCGGAGAGGAGCCCAGAGGAGAGGAGCCCGGGUGUCUAGGCCUGGAACCACUGAGUUGGCACCUCCAAGGAGCCCUCCAGGAGCACCAGCUCAUCAGAACUUACCUGUGAGGGUCUUUGUGGCUCUGUUUGACUAUGAUCCUGUUUCAAUGUCACCCAACCCUGACGCUGGAGAAGAGGAACUGCCCUUCAGGGAGGGCCAGAUCCUCAAGGUGUUUGGAGACAAAGACUCUGAUGGUUUCUACCGUGGUGAAAGUGGGGGCCGCACAGGUUACAUCCCCUGCAACAUGGUGGCUGAGGUGGCUGUGGACAGUCCAGCAGGGAGACAGCAGCUGCUCCAGCGGGGUUUCUUGCCCCCAGAUGUUCUCCCUGAGGGCUCGGGGAAUGGUCCCUCUAUAUACUCCUCAACCCAUAUGACUGGGCCUCCCCCCAAACCUCGCCGGUCUAAAAAAGCCUGGAACAAAGAGGGAAAGGCAGGCAGGACUCAGAGACACAUUCUCUCCACAGUGGAGCUGGAAGGUCUCCAGCCUUGUCCAGGUCCUCCUAAGCUGGUCCAUUCUGCUGUCCUGAAAACCUCCAGACCUAUGGUGGCUGCUUUUGACUACAACCCCAAGGAGAACUCCCCCAACACGGAUGUGGAGGCGGAGCUGCCCUUCAGGGCGGGAGAUGUCAUUACUGUGUUUGGGAAUAUGGAUGAUGAUGGCUUCUACUAUGGGGAACUGAAUGGACAAAGGGGCCUGGUUCCAUCCAACUUCCUGGAGGGCCCCGGGCCUGAGGCAGGUGGCCUGGAGUCUGGGACAUCCCAAACUGAGAGUCAGGACUCUGGAAGGACCAUCCAAGAGUCGCCAGUGCCCCCUGGCUGGCACUACAGCCUCAGCUCUGGAAGUUCCUUCAGGACCAAACUAGGAGAGCCCCAGAGCAUAGCCGAGAAGAAGCAGGGUCUCCUAUCCAAAGGAAAGGAACUCCUCAAAAGACUGGGCUCCAGAAAAGAGUGACUGUCAUCGGUCCGCAGGCAGAAGUGGCUCCUGGGAGCUCCAGAUCAACUGGGUGCCUGGACAAUGAAGCUCAACCAAUCCAGAGCUCCUGUUCUCUGAGCAAACACUGACACUCAGAGGGAUCCAGGGCACCUGGUGAGGGCGGGGCUCCACGCAUCCUUAGUGCGGGGUCCUCUAGAUGGACUGUGCCAGGCAGAAGGGAACUGAGACGCAGAGUAAGUAACUAAACACCGUCAGAUCAGGGCUGGACCCACGCCUCUGGAUUCCCUGUCUGCCCUCCUAACCUCUUCCUGGCUUCCUGUCAGGCACCGCUGAUCCUUUCUUGGCCAUCCCUGCUUCCAGGGUAAACCCUGGGUGGAGACUCUAAUAGUGGCUCUGGCUGCCUCCCCUCUGUCUUCCCUCCCCUGCGGGAACAUUUGCACAGGAGUGUCCCCUGGGGCAGGGGGCAGAGCCGUGUAUAUAUGUACAUAUUCAGUGCCUCAGUCCAGCUCCUCCAUCUGCUUCACCACACAGGUCAGGGGAGGAGAAAGGCCAUGCCAAAGCGGGCCUGUACCUGCCCCAUAGAGCUCCACCCCUCCCUGCCCAGGCCACCUGGCCUUGUGUUAUCCCAUCCCCCCGAAACCAGGGGACCAGGGAGCAGAAAGCAGGAGCUGGGUUUGCCUUAUUUUGCUCAUUGGAUUCAACUUCUCUUUUGCAUCAUUUCCUUCCAGUCCCUGUUGGGUCCAGGGGCUGAGGGAAAGGACAGAUUUAUGCAGCUAUUUUCAUACACCCCUUGUUCAGGGCGGGUGGAGGUUUCUCCACCCCGCCUCUAGCCAUCCCAUCUGUCACCCCUUGUCUGGGCGAGUCUCUUUGCAUGUUUCCUUUGGUGUGGUGGGAGAUGUUUGACUGAACCCCUACCCCUACCCUGGUCUCCAGGGGUGUGGGAUGGUGGGGCAUUUGUUUAAAAUGACAUUUUAUUAUAAUAAAGUCUAUUUUCACAAAAUUGA